AUGCCUGAGAAUGUCAGUGUCGAUGCGAUGUACGAGUUCCUGCGAACGAAUUAUCAACCAGAUCCUGGCCCACAGUUUCCGGAACUGCUGAAGACACUCUCGCGUCUUCGACUCGAGAACUUCGCAUCUGUCGAUGACUACGGCCAUAUGUUCGUCACCACUCAGAACGAAAUGGAAACCCUAUGCCCUGGCAGAAUUUCUAAUGUCAUGGUCAACACUCUUUUCCUGGACGGACUGGGGAAGGGCUGGGAGGAAUUUAGAGAGACCAUGAUGGAGGAAGCUUCCGGGACGACUUUGAUCUCCCUGAUUGCCGAUGCCAGAGACUUUGUGAAAUUGUUCAUUAAAGAGGACGAAGCACCGGCCCAGCCAACCAAUACGCGUCGUGGACGGCCAUACUGUGGGCACUGCAACAUGAUUGGGCACGUCCAGAAAGGUUGUUGGCGCAUCGAGGGCAGAUCCGAAGAAGAAAUCAAGGUCAUCUGGCGCACAUUGCAAGAAGAUCGACGCAAGAAGCAGCAAAAGAACGGAGGGCCCCUUGCCCGGCGAGUCACACGACCCCCGAGGACUCGCGGUGCGCCAAACAGAAUUGCGAAAUUCUAA